GGACCAAGGAACCAGACUACUCCACUCCUUCACCUGAGUGCCGUGAGAGCCCUGAACCAUGCGUCCUGUUGUGGUUACUGCCAUCCUUCUUCUGGUGGUGCUGAUGUCCACGUCGGACUCUGAGGCCGAGAUGUGCAGGACCAAGUACCCGGUCAAACCGUGUGAAGACACGUACUAUGAUAAAGGCUGGUUCCAGUUUGGUACCAGCCGCUGUGUGAAGGCCUUCUUCAAUACUCCAAAUCUGGCCUUUUUUGAUGCAGAGAGGGCCUGUAAACGGAUCCCAAAUGGCAAUCUGGUGUCGAUCCACAGUGAGGUGGAGCUGAAUCAAGUCCAGUGUGCCAUGUACAAAGCCACCACCGGGAAAGCUCACUACUGGAUCGGAGCCUUUUUUACGAUCCGAGCCGGUCCGGUCUGGGUUUGGAGCGAUGACACUAAGUUUGACUACAACAGGUGGGUCAGUGGCCAGCCCAGCGGGAACAGCCAGCUCUGCGUGGAGAUGAACUACUGGGAGUUGGGAACAUUUAAACCUUCUCCAGACCAUGAAGACCAGCAAACCCUAUCCAGGAUGCGCUUCCUGACUCUGGUUACCAUGUUUCUUUCAGACUGGGGACUGUGGAACGGCGUGGGCUGUGGUGAGAGGAGGCCCUACGUGUGUGCAGUGACGAUCUAG